GUAGUAUUUGUAUUAUCAGUUUUCAUGACUUUUUUAUUUUGCGCCACUCGGACUAUAAAAGUGCGUUGGUAUGCCGGUUCCAGUAUAAGUUACUUUUUGAGAUUAUCAAUUCCCCUCACAUUCGUUUUCCGACAUUCACUUAUAACACUGUAAUCGUAAUUCUAAGAGUAACUGAGCCAAGUUAGUCGCAGUGGCCCCUCCAAUCUCUAAUCAUAUCUAAGUAAGACCAGUAAAGUUUGGUGGACUGUGGACAGGUGUUCAUACUGAAAUUCCAGUUCAAAGUGUUCAGGCAACUGAAUCUGCAGCAAUAGUGUCUCCAGUGUAAAGUUAACGAAUUCAUCAAAACUUCUAUAAAGCGAAUAAUCCGGUCUGUUAAAAAUACCCGUGGGUUUUUAUUCAUUGCGGAUUUCCCAUUGCGGAAAGAUUUGAGAAAGUUUCUAUUCACCACCUUAUCAUCAUCAUCGACACGUGCGGUAAGCAGCAUUAAGAAGAUGCCUUGCCCAUUCUUGAGUCGUCUGAGUACAAAUUUUGUACGCAACUAUGCUCCUGCACUGCUCCAAGCCUAUGGAGCUCAAUGUCCAGUUAUGGCACGAACGGUCACCUCUAUGGGAGGUAACAAUAGUGGCCCUGGUGGAGUCAAUGUUGGAGACAAUACGACCACUAACAAUCUAAUUGAUGCGGCCGUUCAACAAGCUCGUAAUAUUAGCUCGUUGUCGACCGUCGAAGAGGAGAAGGUUUCAAACCUACCGGUGGAUAAGAAAUGCCCCUUCCUCGCCGAUACCAAGGCGUCUUCUUUGAUUAAAGAAGUUCGCGAAGAAAUUCAAGACAUUCCUAUCUCAUCGGACCGAACUACAUUUCCAUAUGAGACAUUUUUCCAUAAUCAAUUGAUGAAGAAGAAGAAGGACCAUUCCUAUCGCGUUUUCAAGAAGGUUAAUCGAUUGGCGGGCGAAGGUCAAUUCCCCCGUGCAUUCGAGUAUUCGAGCGGAGAGAAACCGAUAACGGUGUGGUGUUCGAAUGACUAUCUGGGCAUGUCUUGUCACCCGGAAGUCAAAAACGCUGUCCGGGAAGCAUUAGAGAAGCACGGUGCUGGCGCCGGUGGAACCCGUAAUAUCUCGGGCAAUUCGCUUUUCCACGAACGUUUGGAAGGUCGCCUCGCUGAACUGCAUCAGAAAGAGGCAGCUCUGCUCUUCACUUCCUGUUUCGUUGCUAACGAUUCGACGCUAUUCACAUUGGCGAAAUUGCUACCAAACUGCCAUAUUUUCUCGGAUGCCGGAAAUCACGCUUCAAUGAUUCAAGGAAUCCGCAACAGCCAAGUACCGAAGCAUAUAUUCCGUCAUAACGACCCGGCUCAUUUGCGAGAACUCCUAUCGAAACUCGAUAAAAACGUUCCGAAAAUCGUAGCAUUUGAAACGGUUCAUUCUAUGACUGGAGCAAUAUGUCCUUUGGAAGAACUAUGCGAUAUAACUCACGAAUUUGGCGGCUUGGCGUUUGUUGAUGAGGUCCACGCGGUUGGUUUGUACGGUGAGCAUGGAGCGGGUGUUGGCGAACGCGAUAAUCAACUGCAUAACAUGGACAUCAUCUCUGGAACCUUGGGAAAAGCAUUUGGCAAUAUCGGUGGAUAUAUCGCGGGAACUUCUCGGUUGAUUGAUACAAUUCGUUCCUACGCUGCUGGUUUCAUUUUUACUACUUCACUGCCACCAACUGUUCUAUGCGGAGCGUACAAAGCUGUGGAUAUUUUGGCUUCUGAUGAAGGAAGAGAGUUGAGGGAGCGCCAUCAGGAUAAUGUGAGAUAUCUAAGGAAUUUGUUACAGCGCGAGGGAUUCCCGGUUGAGCAUACGCCCAGCCAUAUUAUACCCGUUAAGCUUGGCGAUCCGCAAAAAUGCACACAAAUCUCGAACAUGCUUAUCCAAGACUAUGGCCACUACGUUCAAGCUAUCAACUAUCCAACGGUCGCUCGUGGUGAAGAAAAACUUCGUUUAGCACCGACUCCAUUCCAUACACGUCCAAUGAUCGAUACGCUCGUAGGUGACAUGAAGAAAGUCUGGAAACGCUUGGAACUACCAUUGAACGGGCCAACAUGUUCGGAACAAUGCUCUUUCUGUAGCCAACCUGAACUAUUCAACUUCUAUGAAACUCGUGUUCGUGGCAACAAUUACACUUCGAAAAUCGCAUGUGCAAUUCCUAAUUGCCCGAGAAUGGUGUCAGCAGCGGCAUAAGUAUUAGAUGAUGCGCUGGUAGAGAAGCAAAUCUCUUGGGCCUAUUGUAAUGACCCGUCCGAGAUUUUAAUUGUAGAUGAAUUAUUGUCACUGUUUCACGUGUUUUUUGGUCCAAUUGGAGUAGUUCAAUUGAAAUUUAUUACACUUUGUAUUUUUUUAAAUGUUUUCUAAAUGGCCUGGCCUCCCUAUCACUUGGAUAAAAUAUCUAAAAUUUCUUGUAACCUAAUGCAAAAUAUGUGACAGUUAUUUGUAUGUGGCAAUAGCGUUUGAGACGCUUCAAAUAACAGAAAUUUUUGGUUAAUAAAUGGUGUUCGGAGCAUGCAUGAUUA